CAUUCUUUCAUUAUGAUUUAAUUACACUUCUCAAUUUUACUGUACAAUAUUGUGUGGGAGUAAAAAAUUGAGGUUAUAGAUUUAGCUUGAAACGAAAAUAAUUUAGCAAAUAUAGACUAUGAAUAGACUUAAAUGUGAAUGAAAAUCCAGGCAAAAUGGCACUGCUAGGCGCUCAAUUAGUUAUCACCCUGAUUAUGGUAUCAGUGAUACAGAAGUUGGGGAGUUAUUCGUUCGCGAGAUGGUUAUUAUGUUCGCAAAGGCUGUACAGGUAUUUGUAUCCUACGAACAGUGAGUUGAAGAGUUUGGCGGGAGUGCCGAAGGAUACUACGAAGGCUAGGAAAGGGAGUAAACAUGAGUCGAAUGGGAAGCCGGAGACAUUCCAUGUGCCUCGGAGCCUGGACAUCCAGCUGGAGACGGCGCCCGUGACACCGCUGGACGUGGUACACUUGAGGUUCUACACAGAAUAUGUGUGGAUAGUUGACUUCUCUCUCUACACUGCCAUUGUGUAUAUUAUGUCUGAGGUUUACACAUCAGUAUUUCCUCUGAAGGAUGAGUUCAACCUGAGCAUGGUGUGGUGCAUACUGGUGGUUCUGUUCUCAUUCAAAAUCUUACUAAGCCUCACAAAGCAGUACUUCACAAGUGAAGAAUCCAUCGGUGAGAGAUCAACCUGCAUCGUGGCGUUCUGCGUGUUCCUACUCAUAGCUAUGAUGGUGCUGAUAGUGAGUGAAGCUAACCUGGAAGUGGGGGUGGACCCGGCGUAUGACAGCUUCUAUGAAAAUGCUUCAAAGUUCCUUGAGAAUCAGGGAUUGUCUUCUGUGGGUCCAGCAUCAAAAUUAAUACUAAAAUUCUUCUUUGCUGUGUGGGCUGCUAUAAUCGGGACACUCUUCACCUUCCCUGGACUGAGAGUUGCCAGGAUGCACUGGGACUCACUUAGAUAUUACGGAGACAACAAAGUGAAACCCUUACUACUUAACUUUAACUUCGCCAUGCCGUUUGUACUGGUGUUGUUGUGGGUGAGACCCAUUACAAGGCACUACCUCACUGUGAGAGUGUUCAGCGGUAUGGAGAAACCACUCAUGACAUCAGAUGCCUUCGACACUCUCCGCCUGAUCCUCGUGGUGGGCACGGUGGUGACGCGGCUGGCGCUGAUGCCGCGGCAGCUGCAGGCGUACCUCGACAUGGCGCAGCGGCGUCUCGAUGUGCAGAAGAAGGAGGCUGGCAGGAUUACUAACAUUGAUCUGCAGAAGAAGAUCGCAUCAGUAUUCUACUAUCUCUGCGUAGUAGCACUUCAAUACAUCUGCCCCAUCAUAAUGUGUCUAUACAUGGCACUCAUGUACAAGACAUUGGGCGGCUACACCUGGACCGGAAUGUUCUAUGAAAGUGAAGAAGUCUGUGCGAUGAGCGAUAAGGCUGAAGGAAUCACUGAUGCUGUGGAUGGGGAAGGCAUAGAACAGUUCCAGCUGGCUUUGGAGAAUUUGAAAAUGGUAUUUACAGUAGACGUAUACCGAGGCGUGUUCGGCUUCGCAACCUGGUGGUGCUGCUUUGCGUGGUUCCUCACCACGUCGCUCGGCCUCGCAUACCAGACAUACUUCAGGAUCUCGUGAUACCCACACACUCACCAUAGAGUUCUAGUCACCUCUGCAAUCAGGUUGAGCGGGAAAAUAAAAAAUAUUGGUUGUUUGUAAGGUUAAAUGAAUGAUACAAAAUAUAAAGACAGAUUUUUUAUUAGUUUUAAUCUGUAUGACGUUUGAGUAGGCUCUUAACUAAAGAUAAACAAUCUUGACAUUACGUUAUUUUAGAAAGACAUAUAAAAAAGCACUGAUUAAAAUAACGCUUCAAUUGUUUGAGUGAUUGUUAUUUAAUAUUUGCAUUUUAAUUUUAAACUGAGUUUUGAAAUUAAAAGUCAUAUCAACAUUGUUGAUCUUUAGUUAAGCGCCUACUCAAAAAUAGAGUAUAGCUAUUUAUUUUGUCAGGCAAAUUGGCUACACAGAUUACUCUAAAUCUAUCCAAUUGUAUUUUUACAGCAAGCUACAGCUUUAUAUUGUUCAAAAACGUUUGCAGAAAAUAGCAUUGAAAUUGUAAAAAUACUCUCUAAAUGUAAAAAUAGACAAAUUGGCAGCAACUAUGUUUUACAUGUACAGAAAUAAAAAUACUACAACAAAAGUAUCAUUGACCCAGUUUUUAUGAAAAAUAUUUGUGAAGAGUCGUCGUUUUUGUUCGUUACCAUAUUAAUUUUGUUUUAUUUUUCUGUUCACAAAUAGUAGUGUGGUCAUUGGGUCACAUUGCACAAAGUCUACACUUUUAUAUAAGUACUUUAGUUGGUUUGCAAUGGGUUAUGUUCAAGUGUGAUUCCUAUGUACAAAGUUUUGAUUGCCGUACCGUAGUUGUAUUUUAAACCUUUUUAAAUACAGAUAAGAUUGUUUGUUGAUGUGUUUCUUUGGAGUGAUGCAACUUAAAAUAAUAUUACAACCUUUUUUACGGAAUCUCAUUCUGAGUCAGCGUUUAUCAGAAAAAAGAAUUGUCAUGUUAUAAAAGGAAGUAAGGAACUGGUUGUUAAAAAUCUAUGUGCGAAAAGAAUGGAAUUAAAAUAAUAAUGUUGUAAAGCCUACAUAAUAUUUGUUUAUACAAGCACAAAAUGCUUCCUACUGAAGUUAGAAUCUAGUAUAUAAGGCGCAUGUUGUAUUAGGACUGUUUUAUUUAUUUCUUUGUAUUGUAUUGGACUGUUUUUUCUAUUAAAAGGUUUAUAAGAA